UGACGUUCUGUGUAAUGACGUCACCCCGGGGCAGCGUGUCAUGAUUUUGAACCACUGAGUUCGACACAGGUUUUGAAUCAAUUCUGCAGCCUGUUCCUCACGGAGAAAUGUGCACUUUUGACAAGGACAAGGGGCCAAACAGGCUGAUGAAAAAGGGGUUAGCUCUCAUCCUGGUUGGCCAUAUUAACUUAAUUCUUUGCGCAAUUGUCCAUGGAAAUAUCCUCCGUCAUAUUUCCAAUCCCAGCCAUCACAUCACCACAGAAUACACUGCAGUCAAUGUCAUCUCUGUCACCUCUGGCCUGCUGAGCGUAACCACUGGUAUUGUUGCCAUUGUGGUGUCAAGAAAUCUUGCGGCCUCUAAACUGAAAACAGGACUUCUUAUUGUGUCAUUACUGAAUGCCUUGCUCUCGGCGGUGUGUUUGAUUAUGCUCAUCAUGGCUGUUGGUAUCACAGUUGCACACAACGGGCAGGGUUUGAUGCAGGGAUGCAUUGACGCAAAGUUUCCGAUUAAUGCUCGAUCACCCAUCAGUGCUGAAUGCCCAUUUGAUACGACAAGAAUCUAUGAUACUGCACUGACACUUUGGGUGACUUGUGCUGUGAUGGCAGCAGUUGAGACCACACUGUCUGUCUGGUGCUUCAUUGUUGGAUUGAUUCUCAAAGGACUGGCAUGCUGUGGGACCAGAAACAAGAACCAGGUUGAGGAAGAAGCCAAAUUAUCGACCCAUAGUCAACCCCUGAUGAGAACGGAGACCAGCCUUGAGGUCUAAACAAAAUGCUGAAAAAAAUCUGUUUUCACAUAGAUCAGUGUAAAUGCACGCCACAAGACUUCAUUUGUCCUGCAUUCUGGUUUUUAGAUAAUGCACAACAGCCAGUGUUGAUGUCAUCGCAGUACUAUGGUACAGGUGCUGCUUUUUGUCAGGCAGUGACGUUAGUGUGGUAGUUAUACUGUGUACACGCAUGUACUCAUGUGCACUGGAUUUGCUUAUUUUUUUAUAUAUAUAUAUAUAAAGCAGGUUUUUGUUUUGGUUUUCUUGACUCCUUUCCAUUUCUGAGAUACAGAUUCAGUUAUUCUUCAGAUACAUUCCAAAUGACUACUGAAGCACUAAAUAAAAAUUUAUGCAGACACUGCCAACUGUGCUGGUGCAUAAGUGAGAUUUAGUUUUGUAUGUAUUUGUACAUGGAGUUUGACUCACUAUCAAAUCCAACAAAUUGGAUCAGAAAGUGAAAGGUGAUUAUUUUAGUUUUUAUAAUGUUUCAUACUUGAGUGUUUAUAAUUGCUAUGUACCAAAGGUGCCUUGUCACAUGAAGUAAAUUUACUACAUGAAUUGUAGUAAAGUUUUGUUUUUGUUACUUAUUUUAUCUAGAAUUUGGCUAUUUUUGGCUUGAGCUAUAAAAGUAUGUCCUUUGAUUUCAGCAAAAUAUGUUUAAGAAUUUACACAUUUUCCAAAUCUUAAUACUUCCCUAAAGUGAUUAAAUGCUCUGUUCCAUCUGGGCCAGAAGAGGUGUGUGUGUGUGUGUGUGUGUGUGUGUGUGUGUGUGUGUGUGUGUGUGUGUGUGUGUGUGUGUGUGUGUGUGUGUGUGUGUGUGUGUGUGUGUGUGUGUGCCCGCGUGCAGACUGCUGAAAUGUGAUUAAUGUAUUUGAUCUAUGCAUUUUUAUAAAACAUUUAAUCAUUUUUGCUUCAUAAUUGUAUGCUUCCACAUACACAGUAAUAAUAUUUUAUGGCAGGGUACAGAAUAAUAUUGCAUGUGGUAAAUUGCAGUUUAAAAAAUGUUUAAUGUAGUAUGUCUUGUGUUUACUCAUGAAAUAAAUGUUCACGUCAACCUUUUGUCCUCUUC